AACCCUUCUUUUAAAACACUUAACACAUGCUCUCCUUCACCACUGGGUCUCAGGAGUGCAUGUUUAGUGCAAAUGGCAUCAAUGGAGACAUGGAUGUCACUCUUUGGCCACUGCAGAGUGGCAUCCUGCACUACUGUGGCUUCCAGGUCCUGGCUCCUCAGAUCUUCUGGGCCCCGUCUCACGUUCCCUCUGAGGCACGUGGUACCAUGCUGGAGGGCUGGCGCACACGCAUGCAAGGCCUCCUGGGAGAAAACCCACUUGCUUUCACUCCCUUGGACUGCUUGAACGACAUGAUGUCAAUCAAGCUCCUGUUGCGAAAGAUUUUACUGAUUGACGUUUACUAA